CUGAAGAAGCCUUUGUGUCGCGCCCGGCGCUGGGACCCGAAAACGGAAGGUAGUCGAGUUCGAUAAUAAAAAAACUUUUGACAGAAUAGGAGACCGCGGCAAUUGCUACUGCCAUUUUAUGCCUAGCCUUGCAAAAGCGACACCGCCUUACAGUAUCACGAUAAAGCUUGCGGACAAGGAACGUUCAUUGACAACGACAUCCAUCUUCUGCCGUAAUGAGCGUUCAGACAAAGCUUCCAUUCAAGAAAGACGGACAGUUUGGUGGAGAUAGGCGUAGUCGACUUCAAGAAAUCGCGCAGAGCACGUUGGACGCCAUUGAGAACGGCACGGUCACUAUCACCGACGUUUCCCAUGAUCUCGCUGCCAAAGUCAACUUCUCCAACCAUAACACUCGCUACUAUGCUCCAGAUUCUUUGCUGUCCAAUUGGUCCACCAGUGCUCCAGCACAUAAUCUAGCGGUUACGAAAUCCGAGGUGUCUAUCCUCGAGAUUUCGACCCUUGAAGGUGCCCGAUUGCUGUUCAGUAUCCUUUCGUCUCGCUCCGCGAGCUUCGGCAGGAUCGCAAUCUUGAACUUUGCGUCUGCUACUCGUCCUGGAGGCGGUUUCUUGAAUGGGGCACAAGCUCAAGAAGAGUCUAUAGCCCGGUCAUCCACGCUUUACCCCUCUCUAAUGACGGACAGCGCGCAACGCUUCUACCGACUACAUACCCGUGAUAGAAACGGAGGAUUUUAUCAUCACGCAAUGAUCUAUACGCCUUCUGUCGUGAUCUUGAAGGAUGACACAGGGAAUUGGACGUCGCCUUUUGAAGCCGAUGUUCUAACAAGCGCUGCUGUAAAUGCUGGCGAUGUGAGGAAGAAGAUCGGGGAUGAUUCAAGGCCUGCAGAGACCGAGAAGCACAUCGAGUCAGUUAUGAAAGAGAGAAUGGCGCGCAUCUUGUUCUUGUUUGAACAGCAGGGGGCUAAGAAUAUUGUCUUGGGCAGUUUUGGAACAGGGGUAUUCCAAAAUGAUGUUGAGGUUGUUGCGAGGGUCUGGGCAGAGUUAUUGACGGUGAAAGGUGCACGAUACCGGCAUUCGUUUCAUCGCAUAGUAUUCGCCAUCCUCGGGAAGGAUACCUUUACCACUUUCAAGGACUCAUUCGAGAAGCAGACUGGUACUGAUACCAUAGUGCUCCGUAACUGAGAAUCGGCAAAUUCGAAUAGAUCGUCAGCGCAUGCGGCACGCGUGCCUAUCUGGCAUGACUCAACAAGCUGGUUGAUCGAUCCACAACACUCAACUCUAAAUUUUGACAAUGGCCCUUUCGCACACGCAGACUAUGUCGCGUGUUUGCAAUUAAUGGCGGCCUAGAAUCAGUGACGCAACAUAAACUCCUGCUCUAUGACUCUGCGAGAACAAGCGAGCUGCUGCGGCCAACC